UUGAUGCAGAUCCUGGACCAAGUGCAGUUGGUCACGAACAAUCUACGGCGACGUUUGUUCCCCAACUGCCAUUACUAAGUUUCCUUUCAUUAAUUUAGCUGCAUUUAUUAAAAAAUUGUUACAAAUAUCCGCGAAGAAAAAGCCAAAUAAAAACUUGACACGAAAUCAGUAAAAACCUCCGCCUUAAAAUUCUAACGAAUAACAAAAAAAGCCAAAAAGUUAGCGGUUCUAGUUGAUUAAACUAAAUACUAAGUAGGUUAAUAUAAUCGUCGAAAAUUCCGAACAAAUUGCACGUCCGAACAACAAAACGAAACGACACUUCCGGUCAAGAGUAACAAAAAAAAUAUGAAAACAGAUUUCUUUAAUGUACACAUCAAUAAAAUAGCCAAAGAUUGUGGAACUUUCGUCCCAAAAUUAUCACGAAAAUGAAUUGAAAAUAACUUAUAAAUGGACAGAAAAAAUAAAUAAAUAAAAACAGCGUUUUAAAACCGAAAACGACGAGACUCCGAUAGCGCUUCGAAAAUAUGAUGAUAAAAAUCUAUUAAACACUCCGGUCUUCCGUAAUUUAUAUAGAACCAGAAAAACGAAAGCAGAGACCCACCCCUCGAUAAAAUACUCAAAAUUAUUACACAAAAUUACACAAAAUUAGGGAACAUAACGAAAAUAAAAAGAACAUUCAUGAUCAGUGCACCUUGAUAAUAGUUCGAUCAAGUGGAUUCAGGUCUCCCGAUCCAAUUGAUUUUCGUUCAAUAAACAAUUUCACAAUUAAUUCAAAAUAAUUAAUUACUGUGCAAAUAUCGAUCUUCUUUUCCCUACUUGUUGUUUCACUUCCACGUUUCACUUCCGACUCGGUGAAACAUACUCAUCGAUUUUUCUUCAACCCUAAUUUAAAAAAAGCGAGCAACAUCAGAACGCGCUUGCGCGCUUUAUUGAUCCGAUCGAACCAACGACGACCCGCAUAAGCUGAGCCAGAUAGCCAAAGUGACAACACGAGACGUCACCGUCAGGACAGUUUCAUAGUCGCUCGGCAAAAAUUUUCAAAGUCAACAUGAUGCUCAGAAUUUUUCAACUUUUACUCUCGAUUUUUGCGUUCGGAUUGACCGUCGUUCUGUCCGCGGAAUCGCGUCCUCUCCCUCCGGUUCGUGCCAGUCAAGAAAACAUCGAGAAAGUACUCAGAGCUUUCGCUCAAGCACAAAAACAAGUGGGAGAGAAGGAGAAAGAAUUAUUCCCGGUGGAAAACAAAGAGUGGCGGACACCCGGGAAAAUCGGUCAAAUCAGCGGAAUAUCAGUUGAUCCGACCGGUAAACCGGUGAUUUUCCAUCGCGCUGGUCGAGUCUGGACGCAAAACACUUUCGAUAAGAACUUCAGAUACAGUGAAGCCAGCACAGGGCCUAUUCCGUUCGACACAAUUUUAACGCUAAAUCCAUCGAGCGGCGUUGUCGAGAAUGGCUGGGGUUCAUACAUGUUCUUCUUGCCACAUGGGCUACACAUUGACCAUCAUGGUAAUUACUGGCUCACUGACGUCGCACUCCAUCAAGUCUUCAAGUUUCCACGUGACUCGAUUGUACCAGAACUCGUCAUAGGCGAGCGUUUCGUCCCAGGUAAUGACAGGGACCAUUUCUGUCAACCAACAUCAGUUGCUGUUUCGAGGUACGGCGAGGUCGUCGUCACCGACGGUUAUUGUAACAACCGGAUCAUGAUCUUUGAUUACUUCGGUAAUUUACUGGAUAGGAUACCACAGCCAGGGGAAUUUAUGGCACUUCGGAUUCCGCAUGGAGUGACGAUUCUCGAGUCGGGUGAAAUCUGCGUCGCCGAUCGUGAGAAUAUGCGAGUCAUUUGUAUGAACGCCGGUAUUGGUGGCAGUCAAGAAAAACGUGGACCACCCCUCACGAUACAGCAGCCCGAUCUCGGACGAGUUUUCGCCAUUGCUUCAUACGGUAAUAUAGUGUACGCUGUGAAUGGUCUUACGUCACCAUUAAUACCCGUGCAAGGAUUCACAAUGAACCCCAAAACUGAGAGAAUCGAUAGCCAUUGGGGACCAGUAUCUGAGUCAUUCACGAAUCCUCAUGCAAUGGCCAUAUCACCAAAUGGCACCGAACUCUACGUCUCGGAAAUCGGACCUAACAGAGUAUGGAAAUUCGAUCUCGUUCGAAUAAACCGAAGGCUGGAAACAUUAAUGACAGUCAUGGACAUAUUGAAUGAAGAAAAAUAAUUGCCAACUACAAAUACAAAAUUCCAAGUUGAAAAUAGCGACAACAAACAAAAAACACGGCUCUAAAUUAUUGGAAAAACAAUGACACGGAAGACAUUCAAUUUAUUAACGUUUAGAAUUUGAAAAAAUAUACAAAAGAUAAACAAUAGAAAUACAAAGUACCUUACGGAACUUGGGACUGUGCCAGUAGCUAUGUGAAUCCGCAUUUAUCAAUAGAAGCACACUUUCGUCGUAUAUUAAUUGUGUUUUUACGGAGAGUUUUGUGAUAGACAUUUUUAAUAGUAUAUUACACACCUAGGGCAGGAAAAUAAGGAAAGUCUCAGAUCACAUGUAAUGUAACAAGUGGUCGAGGCUUUACUUUUUCCUGCCCGAGGUGUGUAUACGAUUUUUCUGUCCGACGCAGGCGGAAUGCGGCAACUUCGGCUCGGAGGGCAGAAAAAAUAUUUCCUCAUACAAGUUUUAAUUACGAAAAACCGAUUGGAUUAUUUAAUUUUGUAACGUAUUUUCACGACGAAAUUCAUUAGGCAUAUUUUUUUUUAUUUUUCAUUUCAAAAAACAGUUCAAAAUUUCGCCCGAAUUUACGAGAUAAAUUAGCGGUUGCUUGAGAUUUUGAAGAUGCUCGGAAAAUUGAUAAUUUCUAAUUUUUCUUUCACUGUAAGAGCUCCUUUAACGGUUUUUGUUGUUGUUAAAUGUAAUUGACAAAGGAAUUUAAAAAAUGUUACAUGAAAUUUUGAAAUUCUUUCGAACUUUGGUUCCCACGAGAGUUCUUAUUAAAUCAAAGUACAUUUUUUCGUUAAAACUACGUCUUGUUAGCAUUUUUAAGGUUCAAUUUAAAGAUGAAAGAUUGGUGCAGACUUAGUAUUAUCGAGGCUGUGAAAUGCAUACAGAAAACGAUCUCGAUAAAAACAGCACGAUGGAUUUAACAAAAUUUCGAUUACGUUUUUUGGUUAACAAAAUGGAAGAACACAAAUUUGACUUCCGAACUGGAAUUUCUGCUUCCAAAUAUAUGGUCAAUUUGUUCGAAACAAAUUUUUUUAUAAUAUAAUAAUGAAAUAAUAUUAAAAUUUUGCCUAAUUGCUCCACAAAAAAAUAAUCUUAUUUUAUAAUUAUACAAAAAUAGACAGACACAUACGAAAGAAAUAUCCGAAGAGGCUACAAAAAGAAAUUUGGUACCUGAUGCAUCUGUAAUAUAGCUCCAAAAUCCUAUAAUGAUAACUGAAAAAUGUAUACUUUGCUCAUCAAACUCAAUCACCAGACUUUACAACUAAAUGAAAAUUUAAAUUUCAAACAGUAUUUUUUUUGACUGCAUAAUAACAAAGAAAAACUGAAAACAUUGAUAACUCUUGAGAACAAAAAUAUACUAAAAAUCUCGAUAUAUUUGAAAUGAUACCUAAACCAAUGCCAAUGGAAUGGCUCCCGAAAGAACAAGUUCGUAAAUCUGCAAAAUAGCGUAAUGAAAACUGCACACACCAAAAAUACGAAAACGAAUUUAAGAAAACACCAUUUUCACGAAUAAUAAGAAAUCGCUAUUUAAAAAAUGAACUAGUCAAAAAAAUCUGAAAAUGAAAUCCUGAAACGCAGAAGCUUUAUGGAGAUCCGGUAGAUAAAAGAAAAAACUCAAACUGUCGUGUCCACUUUUCCAGGAAUAAAUCGACAACCGAAAAUAUAAUCAAAAUUCAAUCGUGAGGAACGAUGAAGAAAAACUACACGCACACUAAUCGCACACGAACCCUCGGCGUUUUCAUGUUCCAUUCGAUCUUGCCUUAAUAUUUUUUCCUCCACAAUAUACGAAUAUUCUGACAAAAAAUUCAAAGAAAAAAACAAAAAAUGGAAGGAAAGAUCGGUUGGAAGAAACGCGCGUUAACGCACAAAAGUAAAAGAAGAUCCAUACGUAUUUACAAGUACAGGCCAUUUUCAAUUAAUAUCCAUGAAAAAUUCAAAAAACCCAAUUCAAGAAAAUCCCGAAUAAUACUGAAAAAAUGAAACAAUUAAAUCAAAAAGUUAUGACCGAAAGUGACGAAAACGUAAUAAUGGUGAAAGGUUUGAAAAUCAACAAAAAUAUUUAUUUAAAAACCAUCAAGUGAAAAUACGAAAACUCGAAAUCCGCUGACUCGAAAAUCGCAAAAGUGAGAAGCGAAUGAUAACGAACCAAAGUUUUGAGCCGCCAAAUUUACAAAAUUGACUUUACGAGUCAAUAAAUUAAAAAUUCAACACUCUAUAAUCCAGUUACGAAAACUCAAAUACGAAUUAAACUGCAAUUUAAGAUGAUAUUAUAAUUCAGUGCCAAUAAAAAAGUUACAAAAAAAAAUAUAAUUGAAAAUAUCCUGUACGACAGAGAAACAAAAAAUAUUGAAACGGAAACCAAGUUGCUAUGCAAUCUUGUCUCAAAAGCUGAAGCGAAAGGCCAGAAUUCAUGUGAAAAAAAUCAUGAAAACUGAUACCCAAACUAAAGUUCCUUUAUUAACGAUUCAAAAGACGGCAUUUUCCGAAAGAGGGUGAAAACACAUACGCAUAAAAACUCAGUCGAACGUUAGUAUUUAAGUUGCAGAAAUUAUCAGCAACAGCGUUUUAGUCUAAAAUAAUUGAAAGUAACAAAAAGCCAAAGGAGAUCUAAAAUUCUACGAGUCCGAAAGGAACACUCACUAAUGAAAUUAAAACAGUAACUAUUUUGAUGUAUACCGUGAUAACAAGAAAAUAUCCAUAGUAUAUUCUAUGAUUCAAAAAUGCAUCACCUAGCAUAAUAUUUUUAUCAUGGACAAUAAGAAAAAUAAAUAAAUUAAUGAACAAUCCACCAAAAUAAUAAUCGUUCGAAAUCAGAUUUCUCGUUCGAGGUAAACGAUUCAGGUACUAAAAAACUACAUACAAUAAACGAAGAAAAACUAAAAAAAAAAAAAAAAACAACGCUCUAUCGAUGUUCAAAAUUUAUUACGCUUAGGCAAACGUUUCGAAGCGAUAGGUUUGUUCAUGGUAACUGCAUUUUCAACACUUCCAUCGAGAGUGUACACUGGGCCGAGCAACUGGUUUGAAUUUAUAACUACCUAACGAAAAAUAAAUGUACGUAAAAAUAAUGAAGGAAAUCACACGCAAAAUUUGAGCUUUUGAAAUCGAAGGUUUGUAUCUAGUACACCAUUUUAUCGAUCAACUAAAAAUUUAUAUCAAUGCAAAUUUGUACUCCAAUCGAUGAAAAAUCCAGGUUAGAAAAUCAAGCUUACAAACAUAAUUUUUUAGGGUUAGCUGUAUAAACAUUUUUCCAACGGUUGUGUUGAAAUCAUUAAGAGUAAGGUAACAAUUCUUGUGAUUUUAAUGCGGAAACGAAGGAUCACAAUUGUACUUGUCCGAAUCUAUUUCCCCAAGAUAAUUCAUAUCUCUUCAUCAUUUGAUAAAACUACUUUCGUUUAUUUUUUAAUCAAGGCGUUCAAUAUUGUGUACGUCCUUGAGAAACUUGAUCCAAAAAGGAUUUUGUUGAAAAAACGUACCUUUUCAGCAGGACGUUGCCAUUUUUUUAAACUUUUUUUUUCUAUAUGGGGCAUUCCGUACCAACUCAACCUAUGAUGCAAAUUGACAUUUCUGAUUUGGCUUAAAUGCUAUUAUAUUUUGUAAUUCAAUGAAAAAGAGGCUCAUUAUAUUUUCGAUUUUUCUUAUAAAGUUGCUAACAAUGAUUUUUAGAAGUUGUAGUGAUUUUUUUUCAUAGCCCGGACCCACUUUGGCUGAACUACAAUUGAACUGUCACUGGCCGGGCGCAAGAGUGGCAAAACUGAAUAACACAUGUGUCUAGCGUUUUACUCAUUUUUGCACAGUUAUUGAUGUUACACAGGCAAAUUUAGCAAUAAGAAAAAUAUUCAUGUACUGAAAGGUGUUCUAAAAACUCAAUGUCCUGAACAUGAACAAGCGUGUUAGGUUUUACAAGUAUUUUCGGAUAAGUUUUUCUGUGUAUCUGUACUGCACGACUGAAAAAUCCUAUUAGAACUAUAAGGAAAUGCGUAACGUAAUGGUUAGAGAAGAAUUUUGACUCUUAAUAUCACGAGUGGAAGAUCCACUGAUGCAUCAAUGGUCCAGCGUAACUCACAUCAGCAUUACACGGGAGUUACAUCUGGAAUAAAAAAAAAAAAAAAUCCCUAAAGCUUUCAUGUUCUAAAAAACCUUUGAUGUUACAUUAAGGACGAUGCGGGAACCGCACUAAAUUAAUUAACUAGACGUGCUCAAUUAGAUAAAUCGACUAAGUUUGCUGUGUUUAAUUAAUUUAACGUCAGCAAAAAUUUUUAAAACGUGAAAAAAAGAACGCCAUGUAUUAAAAUCACAAUCCUAUCUAAUCAAUUAUUACGGGUAAUGUUUUUUUCUGUCGAAUUUCUUUUCAUCAAAUCAUGAAAUUCCCCUCUCGGGAAAAAAAAAUGUAGGACAAGUGCAUUGAUGAUCCUCCGUUAUCGUAUUAUAUCACAAAAAGUGUAAAAAAAAAAUCCAUAAAAAACGUGAACCAUUCUGAAAAUGAUUUCAACACAACAAUUGAAAUAAAAAUUUACAAAUCAGAAAAAAAUAUCUCAUUGAAAAAAAUUAUAGAUCUGUAAUUAUUUUGUAAAGUGAAAAAAAAAAUUCAAGCAAAGUUCUCAUCUAAGUGACGUGCAGCACUAAAAUGUAUAUCAAUUGGAAAACAAGCAAUUUAUUAGUAAUUCGCGAUUUUAAUACUAUGAAAUUAUGUUCUAAUAAGCGUUGAGAAUACUCGUCCGGCUCAGGACGUUUUAUCGAAAUUACUAAAAAAUCAACAAACAUAAAAAAUGGUGUUCAAAUAAGAGUUGAGAAUACUUUUCUGGCCCAAGGAACGGUGUUGUCACGAGUUACUUUUCGACAGCAGAAACUCACAAGGAAACCGAAAUUUUUGAUAAAAUGGCUGAUCCUAAAAAACCGUAUCAAAGGUGAAGUCAUAUUUGUCACUUUAGGGUGGCAGACUUAUAAGAAAAUCAAUUCUUCUCCGGUUUCAGGAUCCCCUGGUACUAUUUACAACAUUCGACGUCGAUUGUAUCGGUACAAGUUAUUUAUAUACGUGUUAAAAGUACUUGUCCGGCCCCUCACUUUUCAGGAAACACUUGUGUCAUUCUCAACUUUUGACACUGAUUUGAUUGAUACACUCGCGCGAGUACGAAGUGCGGUUUACACGAACAAACCUAGCCGUUUCGACGGGAAGCCAACUGUAACGAAAAAAUAUUUACACUGAGAAAAAAAUUUGGUUGAAACACUUGAAAAAUCUUCAGUUUAACUAAAAUAUUUAGUCCCAAUAUGCACGACAAAAUAUUUAUUAAAUUUCACAAUAUAUUUAGAUAAUGGUUCAAAUAGAUAACGAUUUGGAUUAACAAGAUUAAGACUUAUAUAUGACGAUAUUUGGGUUACUCUAACAUCAUAUUUUGUUGCUACGAAAAUAAUUGUAUAUUGGAUCUCCGUAGACUUGUAGUAAGAAAACAUUCAGCUGAAUUAACAAAACGACAUACCAUUCAAACAAAAAUUGUGUCUCUGUCAACCAAAAAUCUACAGUCCUCAUCUAAAGAUAAAAUCAAAGUGACAAAGUAUAUAUUUACUAUAAAAAAGGAUCCUGUCAUUACAGCCUGAAAGUACUGUUAAAAAUUCAUGCACUUUCAAGAACAAAUCAGGACUGUCGCAUUCAAAAGUUUCGUGGUUUUAACAUGCGUUUCUUUAACCUCUAAUAAACCGAAUAACAAAUAUAUUGGCUGAGCUUUGUAUUUUUAGUUGAUACGUGAUACCAUAUUUCUGACCACUUUUCAAGGGCGAUUUUAACCCUAAAAUCUCGGCCUUCUAAAGGUUAAUUGAAUGAUAAAUAUUUUGUAAACAUGUCGAACGGGCGAAGUGCAAUGCCUUAAUAUUUGACAUGAGACCUCAUAAAAUAGAAGGUUUAUGCUCCAUUAUCUGAGGAGGAGGAUAGAACGAUUGGAAGUCUUAUAGGCAUACGGAUGGAGCACCAUAAGACUUCCAAUCCGCCUUUAAGACUUCCAAUUUUUCUAUUCUCCUCCUCAGAUACUGGGCCGAACCUGAUAGGGGGCGAGCGAAAUCAGGGAUUCCAGUCGAGAAAACAUUCUCGUAGCGUCAAUUCACGCACUUAAUUUAAAUUUUGAAUCUCACAACUUUUCAAAGUAUUAUCAAUGAAUUUAAGUAACAAAAAUAACUAUUCGAUCCAACAAGAAUUUUUUUUCGUGGUCACGAAACUAGGAAUACACAGGAAAAAAGUUUUUCGUAUCAACAGUUGAAAUAAAGAAAAUCAACUAUUUGAUCAGGCAGAAAUUUAGUUAGUUAAGAAAUAAGUUUAACUAAAUUAUACAUAAAAUAUACCGAUCUUUCUUUUGAGGCAGACAUCUGUACGGUCAAUUGAUUUGGUUCGUCAUCGAUAAGAUUUAGUUAAGCUGCGUGAAGAAAAAAUCUGACUAUCAAAAUUAUUUGUUUUCACGAAUCAUGUUGGCUAAUACAAUAACAUUUCAAUAAAUUUUCGGUUAUAUUGAA